GCCUGUCAUUUGAAGAGCGAUCACACUACUCUCUGCCUGCGCUACCUUUUCUCUCUUCCAUCGCCCCCACUCCCCUCCCCCUCCCCCUCCUCCUCCCCGCUCUUUCCCAAGACUCUGAGCGAUGACCCGCGUCGCUGUGCCCAAAGGGGACUACCGCCGCAUGGAGAGCUGGCCGGAACCCAACCCGAAUGCCGAAGAAGUGCUGCUGAAGCCUACCGACCCUCUGUUCAAUUUCGGGUCCUCGGAGAAGUCGUCUAUCAUCAAUGCGUAUAUCACAGCUGGUGCGGGGCGCGCGGAGGGAGAGCGACUCGCCAAUCUCAUCUGCCCUUCGAACUACGAUGCCGCAAAAAUUCCCGAGAACAUCUACAUCAAGGAGAUGAUACCCCACAUCAUGCAGUUGCAUAAUGAGUACAAUGCAUUCGGGACUACGAGGCAGAAGCCCAAGAUCCAGCGGAAGAAGGGCGAGUCAUCCCUUGACUUUGUGGGCAGGUUUGCAGCUUCCGUGCGCACUGGUGAGACGUCAAGACCAGAGCUUGAUGUUGAAGAAGCGAUUCGGAUAGCAACGUCGCAGCAAGACGCAUUACGAGACGACGUCGAUGCCUUUCACAAUGACCGUGAUUUCUUCCUAGCCACUAUGCGCGUUCGCAUGCACCACCACCCCGAGCGGACCCCCGACCUUCAGGGACGAACCCGCAAACACUUCCCCGCGACUCUGCUCGCCCAAGAGGUCUUCCAGGUUGUGUUCGAACAACAUGCGAAAUAUGCGUGCUGGGACCUCAUCAUCAAUGGCCUCCACAAGUUGCAGGACCUUCGCGAGGAAGAAGGCAUGCUUUUGGACAGCAAGAACAUAUACCAUGACCUUCACGAAGCCAAGGUAUCGAAGACGUUUGAUGCGCUAGAGGAUGUGUCCAUAGGCACUCGAGUACUUGGCCAUGUCCAAGAGAAGCGAUUGCAGACUGUCAUUGCCACAUCGGAACCCUUCUCUGCGCAUUUCAUCCGGGAUAACAGGCCCGAGAUCACGAAAUCGCACUUUGGGUACCCAUUCUACGACCGCACGCCCUCUUCCACCACGGCGCCCGAGCUCCAGAGUGAGAUGCGCCAGCGGUUGCUGCAUUUUGCCGCUCUGCGGUGCUGGUGCCCGCCCAACACGAUGUACACCGCGGUGAUCUCUGCGCUUCCAGAGGAGAAGGCGACGCUCAACCAGGUGCUCUACGAUGAUAUAGGUGACCAUGCCGCGAUCCAGGAGCUCCGCACCGUCUUCCUCGACAGCGUGCUCGGCCUCUGGCUGCACCGCCUCGAGCUGAGCCCGACCGCAAGCGACAACAACUGGCUGCGCAAGCUCUACCCGCUCAUCAACAUGUGGUACGAGCACAUGCACGCGGGCGGGACGACGCUCCGCUCCGAGCGCAUAAUCCCCUCGCUCGAGUACGUGAGCGACAAGGCCCACUUUGAGAAGAUGUGGGAGUGGGUCGACUCGGUGAAGAACCGCUUCUUGGGCGGGCAGCUCACCGGCUUGCCGCACGGCCUUGGGUUCUCAGUGCCGAUCCACGAGCCGGCCCCAGAGCCACCCAGGACCGCCUCCCCUGCGCCCGUGCAGCAGGUGAAGGCGCCUUCGGGCCCGACGCCUCUCGACUUGUUCACGGCGGAAGACGCGCACUCGCGUCGCGUGUCGGGACGCGCGUAUGCGGCGUCGCAGACAAAGCAAACCGAUGCGAAGCCCAAGGAACGCAAGCAGGGAUCGCCGCCGCCGUCUCGCGCUGCACUUGCUGAGACACGCGCGGAGCCCGCCUCGAAGCGGCCCAAGGAGGAGAGCAAGCGGCAGGUCUUCGAGGUCAACCGGAAGACGCAUAAGCUAUUCCUCCGUUUUGUCAUCCCGGAGGAGGAGGCGGAUCCGAACGUCAAGAAAGGGCAGCUGCGGUGGGGCGAUUUCGAGAAGGCGAUGACGAAGAUUGGCUUCCAUCGCAAGGAGGGCGCAGGCUCUUCUGUACGGUUUGACCCCGACGAGGAGAUUGGUGGAAAUUCUAUUUCAUUCCAUCGUCCCCACCCAGACGCCAUCCUCACGCCGUCCCUCAUCCGCCGCGUUGGAUUCCGAUUGCGCCGGCGUUUUAAGUGGACCGCGGCGAACUUCGUGCAAGCCAACAAGUCUCUGGAAGGUCAGCAGGAUGCUGCAGAGUGA